GUAGGAUCCACAUGAUCGCCUGGAGAGUGACGUGAACGGAGCUCUUGAACGACUACGCCACACAGCGCACGACAGACGUUGCGCUUGGUCAGGUUGUACAUUUUGACAGCCAGUAAACAUCUCUGACAUAGCGCUGUGUCACGGCAAGUUCAUCAAGUUACUUGUUCAAGUCCGGAACGGAUCAAAUCAAGGAGCCAGAAGAUCGGUCAUACAUGCUUCGGGGUUGUCGUUUCAGAGUCCAAGGCGAUUCUCUGGUCUCUUCUCGUUAAAAAUGACGGCCGAGAAGUCGGAUGCUGCCACCAGCAUCGGCAACGGCAGUGGCGGGAGGAUCGAGUGCUAUGUCGACAUUGCCUCUUUCUUCAGCUACAUUGCCGUGCUGCAGCUCGUCGAGAUGGGCGAUCUGCUCAGCCAGCACGGCGUACAGGUCGAUAUAUAUCCAGUACUUUUAGGCGCCAUCAACGCCGGCUCAGGAAACAAACCCCCCUGGACCGUCGCCGCAAAAGCAGCCUACCUAGCCCACGACUCGAACCGCGCCAAGAGGCUCGUCGGCCUCGACCCGGCCCACGUCCAGGCUCCCCGGGACCUGUUCCGCGCGGCCAGGACCCAGUCCGCCAACCGCGCCCUGACGUACAUUUCCGCGCACUUCCCCGCGGAGACGUACCGCGCCGCGAUGCUGGGGCUUUUUGCCAAGUUCUGGACCGUCACGCCCGGCGCACAGGACGACCCAGAGAAGGACCAGGCCGCGCGGGAUCUCACCGCCGCGGAGAAAGUCGGGGCCGCGCUGGCGGAGCUCACGCUGGAGGAGGAGGAGGAACGAGAUGGGAUCAGCAACGAGGCGGCAACGACGACAAAGAAAAAGGAGAAGGAGAACCUCUUCACCUCGUCGCAGGUCGAGCAGAUUGUCCAGGCCGCAGAGAGCGGCGAGUACAAGGCCCGGCUCAAGGCGCGCACCGAGGAGGCUCUGGCCCGGGGCGCUUUCGGGGCGCCCUGGUUCUGGAUCACCGGAGCAAACGGCAAGAGCAAGCCUGUGUUUGGUAGUGAUCGGUGGCAUGCCAUCUUUGACAUCCUCGGUCUGCCAUACACCAAGCUCGCCUUGCAACCCCCUCGCUCCGGCGAGUCGAAGCUCUAGGAGGUUCUCAUCACGAGCAUAUACAAAUCACGUCUCCGGCCUCUUGCCCAAUGUGUUGCAUAUUCAUGAAUUUAUAAUGUAGUGAUGCUGCCUAUGCUUUCGCUAAUGCAAUGCCCC